UUUCUGGUUGUUGAAGACAACAACACAUAUUGACUAAAUCCUUUCUUUUAAAUUCAUAGUUUUCACAAAAAAAGCUUCAAAGAUUGAGGUCAAAGCUUCAUCUGCUUCAGUUAGUUUGAAUUUCCAACAAACCCCACUAGGUUUUGUGUUAGUGAUGGAAAUGGAAGUUGGAGAAGAGAAUAAGGACAGGUUCAGUGAUUUGCCUGACUGUGUUUUACUCCGAAUAUUGAAAUUUAUGAACACAAAACAUGCUGUCCAAACUUGUGUCUUGUCUACCAGAUGGACCGACCUUUGGAAAUCUCUCACUAAUCUUGAUUUCAAUUCCCAUGACUUCAUUAGCCUUUACUAUUUCAACAACUUUGUGUAUCAGAUCCUAUCUCACCGAGACGACUCCAUUUCGUUACGGGGUCUUGAUUUAAGGCGGCGAGGUUGUAUUGAGCCUGAACUCCUUGAUAGGGUCAUGACAUACGGUGUGUCGCAUAAUGUCCGGAAGUUUAGAGUUGAAGUUAAUUUAUAUUUCAAACAUGAUUUCAAGUUGCACCCUUGUAUCUUUUCUUGUCAAACUUUGACAUAUCUUAAGCUUUCUGUAUGGGCCGUCCCGUCGAUGACAGAACUACCAACUUCCCUUCAGUUGCCGGUGUUGAAAAGCUUGCAUCUCGAGCACGUCACUUUUGUUGCAAAUGGCGACGGUUGUGCUGAGCCCUUCUCGAAUUGUCACAUGUUGAAGAAUUUGGUUCUUGACCGAUGUAAUCUACACUGCAAUGCGAAGUUCCUCACGGUAUCUAAUUCUAGCAUUUCGUGUUUGACAAUAGGUAGUACUAUUCAAGAAGUAGCUUACAAAAUUGUGAUUUCUACUCCAAACCUCAGUUCUCUCACUGUCAUGCGUGAUCUCAUUCAUGAAGUUUCCGCGUGCAAUCUUUGUUUUCUUGAAGAAGUAAAUAUCGAUGUUGAAGCCUAUUUUCAUACGAAUCUCGAGAGGACUUAUUCUGUGUUAGUAAGUUGGCUCCAAGUUUUCGCCAAUUAUGUACAAACAAUGACACUCUCUUCAAGCACCCUUAACAUACUAAAUGUUCUCUUAACUACUGAUUCAAUGAUAAGUCAAUUUCCUUGCUGUGCAAGAUUGAAGUUGUUGAAAUUGGAAAUGAAAUCUUCUUCAAGUAUAUCAGAUGAGGUAGUAAGCAGGAUAGUGAAGUUCUUGCUUAAAAAAUCUCCGUUGGCCAAAGUUGAUAUGAUAGAUUGCGAGUGAUAUAUAUGCAUGCAUAACGCCUCAGGUUCGUUGUUUAGCUUGGCAGUUCUCUGCAUUUUGGUUUUGGUAUGGUGAUGUAACUAAAAACUUACUUUGUAAGGUUCAUCAAAGUUUCAAGCUAUGAGUCUCUCUCUUUCUAUAUAUACUUAUGAGUGGAAGUCUUACAGUGCGUUUGUUUUGGCCGUAGAAACAUUAAUGUGCAUCCACUCAAAAUCUCGAGUUUGUAGCUUCUCUGUUUUGACCUUGAAACAACGCGGUUGCAGUGCGCUUUUUACUCUUUCA